AUGUGCACCUGUGUGCGCCUGUUUCUGCUCGGCCUGCUUGCGGGGCUCGCGACCGCCGAGAGCGGCCCGACUCGCAUCGCGGGCGACGCACUCGGCUCGGACUCGAUCAAGCACGCCUGCAUCGACCACGACGGGCGCUCGACGUUGGCGGCGCGCUCGGCGCUGCGCGGCCUUGAGACGGCGGCUGAGGACACCUCCCAGCCAGCGUGCGGCGCCAUCCGCGACAUGCUGGGCAUCCCGGCCGACGUCCAGCGCACGAUCUUCAACCGCGGCAGCCUCGGCGGGCCGCGCAAGACCAGUUCCGCCUUUGACGGUUGCCGAGGAGGUGACCGUGUGGAGAAGUUGGUGAGCGUCGAACUCGCGGGCUACGGCGCGGCCGGAUCGAGCGCACAUCACGUGCCGAACGCCUCCGCGUCGCUCGGCAGCGACGCGUGCGCGGAGGCGGCCCACAAGGAGGCGUGCAUCAUGAACGAGUGCGCUACUAGCGAGUCUGGCGACGCAAACGUGCGCCGCAAGGCCAACAAGUUGAGCGAGUUCUCGCUCGAGGGCGAUUCGGCGCACGCGUGGGACGAGGGCGUCGCCCUCCACGCCGGCUUGCUCGAGCCACCCCCCGGUUCCGACCACAACUUUCUCUACCCGCUGGCGGAGGCGCUGCGCGCCUCUGGCAUCUGCCGCGGUGGCGGGACUUUGGGGCAGUCAUGCCCGACCACCGAGAUCGCGCAGGGCGAGAAGCUGUUCCGGACCGGCGCGAGCGACUCCGUGCGCGCCAUCGUCGACGACGACGCCACUCCUGGCCAGCCCUCCCUCCGCGAGUGGUGGUGGUGCUGCGCCCCUGCGGCGGUGCUGCUACUCCAAGCGUGCGGCGCCUGCUGGCUGCUGCUAGGGCAGCGGGCGCCGCGCUCCGGUGCGGCCUCGGGGCAGCGGGCCAGCAAGGCGGUCCGUCCUCGGCUGAGCAAGAGUCGCGUCUCGGUGCCCUUCCUGCUGCUCCUCUCCGCCGUCGCCUCGACGGCGUCCUCGCUCGUGAGCUGCUCGCCGCUUCUCAUGCCCGCAAUCGUGCUCAUCCUCCUCGCCAUCGCCUGCGGCGCCAUCGGCACGGUGAUGAACUCAAAGGCCCGAAGACGGCCCGACCGCCCGACCGACCCGAAGACGGCCCCAACCGGCGUCACCACAAACGCGCCAGCUCUCAAGCCGGUCACCGAAGACGCGCCGGCUCUCGAGCCGGGCGACGCCGACUGGACCGUCUCGGCCAAGGAGUCUCCGCCAGCGGAGAAGCUCGCCCCGGCGGGCAUCCCCGACAGGACCACCCCGUCGAACCCGCGCCGCAAGAAGGGGCACAAGGGCGCGUCCGCCCCGAUCGUCCGCACCAAGAGCAUCGCCCCGGUCGGCGGCAACAACCGGUUCGGGGCCCUGAUCGGAAUGGACGGCAACGAGGGCAUCCUCGGCGGCACCGGCAAGGUGCCCCGCGGCUCCACGCCGUCGACCACAGACUCGGGCGCGACGGCCAACGUCGAGACGACCACGAUUACCACGCCGGAGGGCUCCGUCUCUGCCUCCGGCUGGUUCUCUUGGCCCAAGUUCUGCCCGUCCUACUUGCUCCGCCUCUUUGGCAUCCUCGCGCUGCUCUGCCUCGGAACCGCGUUUGCGCUCUCCUCGUACUCUGCCACCUCCGCGCUUCUCUCCUCGCGGUGGCACGAGUCCCCGACUUCCUUUCCCGCAGUCACAACGCCGAUCGCGCCGGCAUCGCUUAACGGCUUCUGCGAGAUUGGCGGCGACGACACCAGCAGCUCGUUUGCAGCCAUCGCCUCUUCGGACAGCGUGCCCGCCGACCACCCGGGCGGGCACGACGAGGGGCGCUUGUUGGAAGCACUGAUGGACGUCGUCAACGAGGCGGUGGGCGAGCCGUUGCACCUGAUUGGCGAGCCGCCGGCGUCCAUCAUCAAGGACGUUUACGGGAAGCAGCCGGGCGAGGCCGACUUGGAGACCGUCCUAGCCUCGCGCAACAGCACGGAGCGCAAGGGCGAGCCCGAGAUUGACUUUGUCGGUCCCGUCUACAGCAACAGGACGGGGAUCAUCGCUCGGGGGCGCGACACCGUCCUGCCCGUGAACGACACGUCGCCCAAGUUGCGGCCCGCCGACGCUGGGAAGCCCGGGAUGGUGCGGAAGCUUGUUGAGGCUGGCCUCGCUGGGGCCUCCGUGCUGCUCGGGCGAGCCGGCAUGAAAAUGACCGCCUCACUCGUCUGGCGCGAGAAGGCGACCGACGCGCUCCUCGGCUGCACCUUUGACUUGGACAAUUGCGGCUGGAACGACACCGCGCCGGACGGGUACUAUUGGACUCGCACCAGCGGCAGCACUCCAUCGCCAUACACAGGCCCGAGCGGCGACCACACCACCGGCUCGGGCGCCUACCUCUUCACCGAGGCCUCGUCUGGACGCUCCAACAAGCUGCACCAGCUCGAGAGCCCGCGCUUCUCGCUCCAGCAGGACGCCACCCUUUCCUUCUUCUACCACAUGUACGACUCCUCCAGCUCGUACAUGGGCACCCUCUCCGUCGAGACCUAUAACAACGAGACGGGCUGGUCGACGCUCUGGAGCAAGAACGGCGACCAGGGCGACGCCUGGCUCGACGCGGCGGUCGUUCUGCCCGCGUCCACGAUCAAGCUGGGCUGCGAUUUCGAGGUCGACACCUGCAUCUGGAACGACAUCGCGCCGGACGGGUUCAGUUGGACACGCACCAACGGCGGCACUCCAUCGUCCAACACAGGCCCGAGUGGCGACCACACCACUGGCUCGGGCGCCUACCUCUUCACCGAGGCCUCGUCUGGACGCUCCAACAAGCUGCACCAGCUCGAGAGCCCGCUCUUCGUGCUCCAGCAGGACGCCACCCUUUCCUUCUUCUACCACAUGCUCGGCUCAUCCAUGGGCACGCUCUCCAUCGAGGCAAACGACAACGAGACGGGCUGGUCGACGCUCUGGAGCAAGAACGGCGACCAGGGCGACGCCUGGCUCGACGCGGCGGUCCUUCUGCCCGCGUCCACGAUCAAGGUGCGUUUCAACGACAUCCGGGACGCGAUCAACAAGGCCACGGCCGAGAAACGCAACGCGAUCGUCUACGUCCCGCCGGGCGCCCGCCUUGCCUUUAGCAGCAACGUCGCGUGCAGCGGCGACAUGCUCCUCUCGGUCCGGAGCAGCGGGGAGGGCGCGACGCUCGACGGCAAGAAGAGCUCCAACAUGUUCUACAUCUCGGGCGGCUGCAGCCUCUACCUGGAGGCGCUGCACUUUGUGGACGGGCGUGGUCAAUAUGGCGGGAAUGGCGGUGCGGUGCUCGCUUUUGGCGCUGGCGACAUUGCGACGAAGGACGUGUCGUUCACGGGCUGCGAGGCUAGCCAACGCGGAGGAGGUAUGUACGUGCUGAACAGCGGCGACGUCGCGCUGGAUGGCGCCAGCUUCAGCGAGUGCACGGCUGAUGGCGGAGGAGGUUUGUGGGUGUACAACAGCGGCGACGUCGCGCUGGAUGGCGCCAGCUUCAGCGAGUGCACGGCUGGCGAUUACGGAGGAGGUAUGAACGUGUACAGCAGCGGCGACGUCGCGCUGGAGGGCGCCAGCUUCAGCGAGUGCACGGCUAGCUUUGACGGAGGAGGUAUGUACGUGUACAACAGCGGCGACGUCGCGCUGGAGGGCGCCAGCUUCAGCGAGUGCACGGCUAAUUGGGGAGGAGGUAUGCUCGUGCAGAACUGUGGCGACGUCGCGCUCGAGGGCGCCAGCUUUGUCGGUUGCACGAGUGGCUAUCAAGCGGCUCUUUAUCUCCUCGGUAUCGAGCGCCUAGCUCUCACCAACUCGCAGUUUGUCGACAAUAUCGCGAGCCGAACCCCCGCUGCACUCUUCUUCACCUCCAGCGUCGCUACCUCCGGCUCGAUCCUCCGCAACACGACCUUCUUCGGCAACUCUGCGCCAGGCAACAUCACGAUCCUCGCCGCCUCGCCUCUAACGUGGGACUGCCCGCUCGGAUCUUGGAUGCCGAACGUCGGCCAGAUCAUCGGCGACUUGCCCGGCUGCAACAGGCUCUGCGCCGAGGGUCACUACGGGGACGCGCGGGCCACCCGCAUCGAGUCCGAGGUCGGCUUGCAGCCCAAGUUCAAGAUCGUCGUCGGCUUCUACCAGGUAAGCAGCAUCCUCGGCCUCGUCUACGGCGUCCGCUUGGACGAGCACUUUACGCGUUGGCUCGACGUGCUCAAGCUGUUCAGCCUGGACCUGUUCGGCGUUGCCAUCCCCGGCAGCUGCAUCGGAGCCAUGAGCACGCGGCUGCUCGUCGCAGGCCUCUGGCCGUACGCCGCUGUCGCCUUCGUGUCUCUCGCCAUCGUGGCCGUGGUGGCGGUCCUCAACAACAAGCAGGCAUUCGAUCACCAACUGCUCGGCCGCCUCCUUUACUGGGCGAUCCUCAUCUUCUACCUCGUGCUUCCCUCCGUCUCGCGCUCCAUCUUCAGCGCCAGGCUGUGCGAGUCCUUUGGCUACGACGACGCCACAGGCCAGCGCAUCAGCUACCUGCUCGCCGACCCGUCGCUCACGUGCGACGCCGGCCCGACGUGGGACGACGAGACGAGCGGACUCGCGCCGUACUUUUGGGCCUUCUUCGCCCUCUGGCCCGUCCUCGUGCCGCUCGGCUUCUUGGCGCUGCUGCUCCGCGCCCGCAAGCCAGUGGCUGCGCAGCGUGCAACGCCGCUCUCCCGUGCGACGAGCUUCCUCUGGCGGGACUACUCCGCCCGCUUCCUCUUCUGGGAGGUGCUCGACCUGGUCCGCAAGAUCUUCCUCACCUCGAUGGUGCUCUUCAUCGACCCGGAGUACGGCUCCAGGAAGCUGCUGCGCACUGUGGUCGCCGCCAUCGUCUCGGCCAUGUUUCUCACUCUGCUAGCGCUCGCCCGUCCCUACAAGCGCUCCGACGACCUCUGCCUGGCGUGCAUCGCCAACCUGCUCCUGACCUGCUGCUUCGCGUCGGGGGUGGUCAUCCAACUCUGCGACAGCACCGAAUACGAAGACAUGUGCUACAACCUCGUCGGCUACAAGAACUCGCUCGGCGCCACCACCUUUGCCGUCGUCCUCACCGCGGUCAUGCUCGCCGUCUCGCUAGCCGUCAUCCUCGUAUCGGCGGUCAGCGCUUCGAGGGCGAAGACCAUGCGGCUCGUCUCGUCGAAGCGCGAGCCGAUGCGCGACGGCAUCACCCUCGCCGACAGCCAGCAGUGGCACCUCUUCCUCAGCCACGUCUGGAGCACGGGGCAGGACGCUGUCGCCGUCAUCAAGAACGAGCUCCAGCAGUUCCUGCCCGGCUGCGAAAUCUUCCUCGACAUCGACGAUCUCAAGAACAUCGGAGAGCUGGAGGCGUACAUUCGUCGCUCGCAGGUGGUGCUCUGCUUCCUGUCGCGGGGCUACCUGCGCUCGACGAACUGCUUGCGCGAGGUCCGCGCCGCGCUGGAGAUGGGCAAGCCGCUCGUGCUCGUCCACGAGGCAGACCCGGACAAGGGCGGAGGCACGCUCGCCGAGCUGCGAUCCGAGUGCCCCGAGGAGCUGCAGGCCGCCAUCUUCGACGCCGGCUGGCCGAUGGUGGUGUGGCAUCGGAUCGAGGCCUUCCAGCACGUCUCGCUCAAGAUCAUCGCCGAGGCGCUGCUGCUGAAGACGCCAAAGUACGCGGGCGAGACGGCGCUGCCCCUGUACAUCUCGGGCGAGAUCCGAGCCGACAGCCUCACCUUCGCCAAGCCGGUGGUUCUCUGGGCCUCGACUGUGAACGACGGGGCGCGAGGGCUGGCCGAUGCGGUCGCGGCGGCCGUGCCUGACAACAUCUCCAUCACCGACGCACCGCCCUCGCUCCUUUCCUCGCUGCCUCGCGCGAGCGGUAGCAGCGGCGAAGAGGCGACGCAUAUGCUGCUCUACCUGAACGAGUCAACGUGGGCCGGCGAUGGCGCCGAGGCGCUCGCAGAGCAGGUGCGCGCCGCGCGCGAGGCCAGGCUGCCGAUCGUCAUGGCGCACGAGAACGACGCCGCGCUCGGCGGCUGCAUCUUUGGGCGCUUUUUUGAGGUGACGCCGCGCGACCUGCUCGCCGAUGGGCUGUACGACGACCUCGCCGUCGGCUGCCACGCGGACCCGCACCGCCAGGUCUCGAUCGCCCUCCUCGCACAGGCGCUCGGCGCGACCAAGCAGACGGCCCAGUCGCGCGUGCGCCGCGUCACCGCCCUCGCUCUAACGACCCGCGGCUCAACCUCUUCAAUGACGGAGCCGUCGAACGGCGACGACCUUGUUGAAGCGUCAACGACGCAGGACCGCCAGAUCGUCUGA